AUGGCAGGCAUCCGAGUGGUCUCCACAACUACAAUCCAAGCACGAAGUCAAAUUAAUAAUGGUGAUUCGCUUAAAGAAAUCGAGCUCAAUCCCUGGGAUCUUCAGUUUCUGCUAAGUGAAUAUGGCCAAAAAGCUGUUCUUUUCCACCAACCAACCUUAUCUUCUUCUUCUUACAUAAGGAAAACGAUCCAGCACCUUAAGGACUCUCUUUCUUCCUCCCUCGACUUCUACCCGCCCCUUGCCGGCCAUAUUAUUGAAUCGCCUUAUGUUCCGCCAUUUGUCCACUCCUUCUUCCCGCUGUACAGAUCCAAGAACAUCGAAGGAAGUCGGAUCCCGUUAUUGGCCGUCCAAGUUACUGAGCUCGUCGACGGCAUCUUCAUGGCUUGUUCGAUUAACCAUUGUCUUGCUGAUGUAAAGCCCUUCUGGGAUUUCUUGAACACAUGGGCUAACAUCUCCCGACAUGGUUUAAACCACAUAGAGUCCAAUUCGAAGCUGGCUUCAUUCAAGCGAUGGUUUCCCCAAGGUAAAAUAGCUCGCCCUGUACGAAUCCCAUUAAGAGAAAUCAUGGAGAGUGAUGGUAAACUUAAGGGAUCCAUUGGUUCGCAUCAGGCUUUUCCAUUCUCUCAAAGGAUCUUCCACUUCACAAGCGAAAAAAUUGUUGAAUUAACAAAAAAAGCUAAUUUAGAGGUAGAGAUGGUGUCAUCAGCACAAAAUCUCCUCCUUGCAAGCUCUUACCAGUCACGUUUGGAGAUCUAUGAUCAAAAACCAGCAUCUUGA